AUGAUUUCAAUACUAAUUCUAAUGCUUAAUACAAAUAUAGAGAUUUCAAGAUCACUUGGACCCAGUUGUGAUAUUGGAUGGACCCAAUAUAAUGACGUUUGCCUAAAAUAUGUAGCCAUUUCUGCCAGUUUCGCAGUAGCUACCAGUUAUUGUAAAAAUGACGAUAGCUAUUUAGUUGAGAUAAAAAAUGAGAGUAAACAAUGCUUUCUUAAGAAAUAUAUUCUACAAAGCGAUACCACUUGGUGUGGCUUAAGGGAUGUUGUAGGCGAUGACAAGAUGUCUAGUCAUCGUUGGACUAAGAGCAAUCUUUCGCUAGUUGAUACUGGAUAUACAAAAUGGAGUACUUUCAGUCCUGAUUUACUAUAUCAGGAAUGCGUCGCACUUGUGCCUGUAUCACAAGAGUGGUUAUGGUUCGAUCGCACAUGCUAUCAGAAUUAUCAUUUUAUUUGCGAAAAAAAGGCAUACACGCUGGGAUCUUCCUCAUACACUUGUGAAAUAACAUCAAGCAUAAAGAAUGAAGUAUCAAUCUCAUCAACAUCUGAAGAUAUUCGCAUUAGCAGCAGCAACAUAGCUGUGUCGGAACCCUCGUCUGAUAUUGGAAAUACUUCAAGCAUCGAAAGUGCUAACUUAUUAACAUCAAGUAUUGUAUUACCUUCCAUUCAUCCUAUUUCUGCUACAACUGCAUCGCAAGGGAUUCAGAUUGAUAAUAUUUUGGAUUAUAUUUAUAAUGCAGAGAAGAUCGAUAGCGCUCACUGUAAUUACAUUGUUAAUGCUGUUCGCCAUCUAAGCACUGAACUUAGUGGAAAUAAAGCUGAAUCGUACAUAGACGGAUUGUCCAUAAUGAGCAACAAAUUGAUCUUAAAUGAUACCACUAUAGAUAUAAAACGAAAUAUUUUGGAGAAUGCUUUGAAGGCUACAACUCAGAUGAAUAUUAUAAAUGAAAUCGGGAAUAGAAUUGCACUUACAUUACCAGUAGGUGCUUCUUUUAGUGUAUCUUACUGCAAGGAGGCUUGUUCUAAUCUUACUAUUCAAGUUCAGAAUGGAACAGAAUUUCGAAUGACAGGAUACCGAGUAGUUUACAAUUCAUCUAGAACAGAAAAAGUUGCAAUUCAGCUUUCUAAUGGUGCUUUUAAUUCAGGCGGCCGAGUUGAAAUAGUAUCUGGAAAGUACGCCUUUCUAAAUAAACUACUUAAUGAUAACUCCAAUCUACAAAAAUCCCUUAUGUCAGAUAUUGUCAUUUGCAAAGUUAAUCCUUUACCACCCAUUGGCAUCAGCGAAUUUUUUACUUUUUCAACAUCCAAUCUUACUACUAAGGAUAAAACUAACUCGAUGGAUUACAGUUAUACUAUUAAAUGUGUCUACUGGAAUAUUGAGUCUAGUUCUUGGUUGAGCGAUGGCUGCAGGCUAGCAUUGGCAAAGAAAGGGAACUACACUUGUGCAUGCAAUCAUUUAACCCACUUUGCAAUUUUAUUACAAGUUACGGAGAUCGAUAUUCAUAACGCAAGCUCGCUUUUACAAGAAAUCAAUUUGGUUGCGUAUAUAGGAUUAGGGAUAUCAAUUGCUUCUAUCGUCUUAACUUUGCUGAUUUUUACAUUAUUAAGGCUAAAUAGCGGAAGAUUUACUAUUCAUAAAAACCUUUUACUAGCUAUUUUGCUAAGUCAAAUAUGCUUAGUUGCUAGUCCCAACGCCAAUAUAAAUCCAAUAUUUUGUAAGAUUGCUGCGAUUUGCCUGCAUUUCUUUUGUUUCGCUUCGUUUUCAUGGAUGCUGGUAGAAGGCGUACAUUUAUAUUUCAUGAUAAUUGCGGUAUUUAAUCAGAAAACUAGAAGCCAUUACUACUAUAUUGUUGGUUGGGGAAUGCCAUUAGUUGUUGUAGGUUUCUCUGUAUUAAUAAGAUUUGAUGGCUAUGGAGGUGAUGAAAGAUGUUGGCUGUCUACCAAAGAUGGGCUAAUUUGGGCCUUCGUGGGUCCUGUUAUUGCUAUAAUCUCAAUUAACACCAUUAUCAUGGUUGCAGUUAUCAAGAUUACAGUUACUUCUACUACUGUGCUUGUCUAUCAAAAAAAUAUAGAAAAUUUUGCUGGAAUUAAAUCUAUGGUUAAAGCGACAGCAAUUCUUUGUCCACUGCUAGGAUUGACAUGGAUAUUAGGAAUGAUUCCUAUCUCAGGAGCUACUAUUGUUAUGUCUUAUGUUUAUGUCAUACUAAAUUCAACUCAGGGUUUAUCCAUUUUCGUUUUCCAUUGCCUUUUUAAUUCUGAGGUCCGCCAAGCAUAUCAUCGCAUGGUUAGCAAGAGACAAGCUACAUCGAUGACUGGAAAGUCGCAAGCCGUAGGAACUACACGAGGUCCAGGUUUCCGCAGAAACUCAAAAUAUUAUACUUUAGCUCGACUUCUACAGCAUGCAGUUAUUGUAAAUAUUCAGAUGCUGACGAAUCCAGUGUUGAGGGACGAUUUUCAUCCGGACGUCAAUCGUUGUCAAAAAAACAGAAAUAACAAGAAAGCAAAACUGUGUGUAUGCUGCUUAAAUAAUUUCGAGGAAGGAGGAAAAGGCAGAGUAGAACAAAGUAUAAUCAGCAUGUAUUAG